GCGGUUUAUUCAGGUCAGGGUUUAUUUCAUUGUUUCAUGUCUGUUUACACGUACAUGACCUUACUUGAACCAUGUUUCAGUGUUAUGGUAAUUAAUGACAAUGACUUUCUAGUGUUACUCAUCGUCAGUUGAAACGAGUUAGUGUUUUAUCCCUUUUUUGUACGUUUUAGAUCGUGAAAUUCAGUGUCGAACCAUUCUUGUUACCUUACCAACUGAGGUCACUUGCACCCUUCCGAAGGAAACUUUUAAAGUCUGAUUUUGAAUGGAGAAUGCCGACGCCGAAAAUCUAACGGAAAGAGCACUCAGCACUCAGCACACCUGAAGACUACAAUCCAGUGAUUCCACCAAACUGUAAAAGAGGAUCCCCAGGGAGACUUGUCGAGGAUUGCUUGCACGAGCCCUUCAAUGCAGGCUGUACCUGAAGCGUGCACCAGCCCGGAGUCUAGCAGUAUGUCUAGCAACCCAUCUUCCCAAUCCGUAGAAAGUCGCCUUGAAGAUUCCAACAAUACCCGACUUGCAUCAGUAGAAGAGAACCAAGAGACCUCGGUCUCGUCCAUCUUCGAUUCUCCCUCCGCUCUUCCCCCCAAAAUAGAAUACGAGGAUGAAACAGUUGCUGCAAGUUGGACUAACCAGCUACACACAAGUAUUGACAUUAAGAGUGAACCAACUCCUCAGACGGAUGAGUCAGAACUCAGGUUGGGACGAGGAGGAGCAGAACACGAUUUGGAGAAUGAUAUUCGUGAUUUUGUCCCCAUAACAGCGCGAGUGAAGAGGGAGAUCAUGAGCUCUCCAAUUCCCGACCAAUGUAAUGAAAAUGCGCUGGACCUUUCACAUACGAAUAUCGAAUUUAAGCGGGAACCUUCUACCCAGACGAACGCAUCGGAAUCCGAGUUGGUCGAACAUACUCGAACGCACACUGGUGAGAAAUCAUUCAGUUGCAACCAUUGCACGGCAUGCUUUGCUCAGAAACGGUCUUUAACGGAACAUGUUCGUACGCACACCGGUGAGAAACCAUUCAGUUGCAGUCAUUGCUCGGCCUUAUUUGUUAAAAAAAGUCAUUUGACAAGACACAUGCGGACGCACACUGCCGAGAAACCAUUCAGUUGCAGUCAUUGCUCGGCAUGCUUUUCUCAGAAAAAUAAUUUGAUAAUUCACAUCCGGACGCAUACUGGAGAGAAACCAUAUAGUUGCAGUCAUUGCGCAGCAUACUUUGCUCACCAGUCUUCUUUAACGAAACAUGUUCGAACGCAUACUGGUGAGAAACCAUAUAGUUGCAGUCAUUGCGCAGCAUACUUUGCUCACCAAUCUUCUUUAACGAAACAUGUUCGAACGCAUACUGGUGAGAAACCAUUCAGUUGCAGUCAUUGCACAGCAUGCUUUGCUCGCAAACAUUAUUUAACGGCACAUGUUCGAACGCAUACUGGUGAGAAACCAUUCAGUUGCAGUCAUUGCACAGCAUGCUUUGCUCGCAAACAUUAUUUAACGGCACAUAUUCGCACGCAUAAUGGUGAGAAACCAUUCAGUUGCAACCAUUGCAUGGCAUGCUUUGCUCAGAAACGGGCUUUAACGGACCAUGUUCGCACGCACACCGGUGAGAAACCAUUCAGUUGCAGUCAUUGCUCGGCCUCAUUUGUUAAGAAAAGUCAUUUGACAACACACAUCCGGACGCAUACUGGUGAGAAACCAUUCAGUUGCAGUCAUUGCACGGCAUUCUUCGCUCAAAAACAGUCUUUGACGGCACAUAUUCGCACGCAUACUGGUGAAAAACCAUUCAGUUGCAGUCAUUGCACAGCAUGCUUUCCUCGCAAAAAUUCUUUAACGGCACAUAUUCGCACGCAUAAUGGUGAGAAACCAUUCAGUUGCAACCAUUGCAUGGCAUGCUUUGCUCAGAAACGGGCUUUAACGGACCAUGUUCGCACGCACACCGGUGAGAAACCAUUCAGUUGCAGUCAUUGCUCGGCCUCAUUUGUUAAGAAAAGUCAUUUGACAACACACAUGCGGACGCACACUGCCGAGAAACCAUUCAGUUGCAGUUAUUGCACGGCAUGCUUUUCUCGGAAAAAUACUUUGAUAAAUCACAUCCGGACGCAUACUGGAGAGAAACCAUAUAGUUGCAGUCAUUGCACAGCAUACUUUGCUCACCUAUCCUCUUUAACGAAACAUGUUCGAACGCAUACUGGUGAGAAACCAUUCAGUUGCAGUCAUUGCACGGCAAGCUUUUCUCAGAAACAGUAUUUGACGGCACACAUUCGCACGCAUACUGGAGAGAAACCAUAUAGUUGCAGUCAUUGCUCCUCCUCGUUCCGUAGUAAACAAAAUUUGAAUGUACACAUGCGAACGCACACCGGAGAGAAACCAUUCAGUUGCAGUCAUUGUUCCUCCCAAUUCAGUGUUGAAGCGAACUUGAAGAGACAUAUGCGGACGCACACUGGCGAUAAACCAUUCAGUUGCAAUCAUUGUACGGCAUGCUUUGCUCAGAAACAGUCUUUAACGGAACAUGUUCGCACGCAUACUGGUUCGAAACCGUUCAGUCUUUUCCACCAAACUGUGAAAGAGGAUCCCCAGGGAGACUUGUCGAGGAUUUCUUGCACGAGCCCUUCAAUGCAGGCUGCACCUGAAGAGUGCACCAGCCCGGAGUCUAGCGGUAUGUCUGGCAACCCAUCUUCCCAAUCUGUAGAAAGUCGCCUUGAAGAUUCCAACAAUACCCGACUUGCAUCAGUAGAAGAGAACCAAGAGACCUCGGUCUCGUCCAUCUUCGAUUCUCCCUCCGCUCUUCCCCCCAAAAUAGAAUGCGAGGAUGAAACAGUUAAUGCAAGUUGGACUAACCAGCUACACACAAGUAUUGAUAUUAAGAGUGAACUCACUCCCCAGACGGAUGAGUCAGAACUCAAGUUGGGACGAGGAGGAGCAGAACACGAUUUGGAGAAUGAUAUUCGUGAUUUUGUCACCGUUACAGCGCGAGUGAAGAGGGAGAUCAUGAGCUCUCCACUUCCCGACCAAUGUAAUGAAAAUUGGCUUGACCUUUCACAAACGAAUAUCGAAUUUAAGAGGGAACCCUCUACCCAGACAAACGAAUCGGAAUCCGAGUCGGUCGAACAUAUUCGAACGCACGCUGGUGAGAAACCAUUCACAUGCGGCGAGUGUACGAGCCUCUUUUCUUCUAAAAGCGCUUUGACUACACACAUGCAAACGCACCCUGCCGAGAAACCAUUCAGUUGCAGUCAUUGCUCCUCCCAAUUCAGUACAAAAGCCCAUUUGAAGAGACACAUGCGGACGCAUACUGGUGAGAAACCAUUCAGUUGCAGUCAUUGCACUGCAUGCUUCGCUCACAAACAGUAUUUAACAGAACAUGUUCGCACGCAUACUGGUGAGAAACCAUUCAGUUGCAGUCAUUGCACGGCAUGCUUCGCUCGGAAACGUCGUUUAACGGAACAUGUACGCAGGCAUACUGGGGAGGAACCAUUCAGUUGCAGUCAUUGCUCCUCCCAAUUCAGUACAAAAGGUAAUUUGGCAAGACACAUGCGAACGCAUACUGGUGAGAAACCAUUCAGUUGCAACCAUUGCACGGCCUCAUUUGCUCAGAAAAAUCAUUUGACAAUACACAUCCGGACGCAUACUGGUGAGAACCCAUUCAGUUGCAGUCAUUGCACUGCAUGCUUCGCUCAAAAACAGUCUUUGACGGCACACAUUCGCACGCAUACUGGUGAAAAACCAUAUAGUUGCAGUCAUUGCACAGCAUGCUUUGCUCGCAAAAAUUGUUUAACGAAACAUGUUCGAACGCAUACUGGUGAGAAACCAUUCAGUUGCAACCAUUGUACGGCCUCAUUUGCUCAGAAAAGUCAUUUGACAACACACAUCCGGACGCAUACUGGAGAGAAACCAUUCAGUUGCAGUCAUUGCUCGGCCUCAUUUCUUAUGAAAAGUCAUUUGACAACACACAUGCGAACGCACACUGCCGUGAAACCAUAUAGUUGCAGUUAUUGCACGGCAUGCUUUUCUCAGAAAUAUAAUUUGAUAAUUCACAUCCGGACGCAUACUGGUGAGAAACCAUUCAGUUGCAGUCAUUGCUCCUCCCAAUUCAGUAUAGAAGGCAAUUUGAAAAUACACAUGCGAACGCACACUGGCGAAAAACCAUUCAGUUGCAGUCAUUGUACGGCAUGCUUUACUCGCAAACAUUCUUUAUUAGAACAUGUUCAUACGCAUACUGGUGAGAAACCAUUCAGUUGCAGUCAUUGCGGGGCAUGCUUUGCUCACAAAAAAUAUUUAAAGGCACAUGCUCGCACGCAUACUGGUGAAAAACCAUUUAGUUGCAGUCAUUGCACGGCUAGCUUUGCUUGCAAACAGUAUUUAACGGCACAUCUUCGCACGCAUACUGGUGAGAAACCUUUCAGUUGCAGUCAAUGCACGGCAUGCUUUGCUCGCAAACAGUCUUUAAUACAACAUGUUCGUACACAUACUGGUGAGAAACCAUUCAGUUGCAGUCAAUGCACGGCAUGCUUUGCUCUCAAAAAAACUUUAACGGCACAUCUUCACACGCAUACUGGUGAGAAACCAUUCAGUUGCAGUCAAUGCACGGCCUCAUUUGCUCAGAAAAGUACUUUGACAUCACACACCCGGACGCAUACCGGAGAGAAACCAUUCAAUUGCAGUCAUUGCUCCUCCUCGUUCCGUAGUAAACCAAAUUUGAAUGUACACAUGCGAACGCACACCGGCGAGAAACCAUUCAGUUGCAGUUAUUGUACGUCAUGCUUUGCUUACAAGCAGUCUUUAUUGACACAUAUUGGCACGCAUACUGGUGAGUAAGCAUUCAUUUGCAGUCUUUGCACGGCAUGCUUCGCUCACAAACAGUCUUUAACGGAACAUGUUCGCACGCACACAGAUGAGAGACCGUUCAGUUGAAGUCAUUGUUCGGCUUUCUUCUCCAAGAAUGUGACUUCAAAGAGACAUAUGCGAAUGCAUACUGGGGUAGAACCCUAGACUUGCACUCCCUGCUCAUUCCCUUUUCGGCAAAAGACGCAUUCGACGGAGCAAACUGCGGUCAGAGACAAGAGACCCCUCACUGACCUCUUGGCGACAAGAGGAAGCUUUUACUUUCGGGGAUUGAACAAUACCACAUGAACAAUGAUAAGGGAGCAACAUUCAUCACCCAAAUAUCGGCUUUUGACCUCCCUAUAUGGGGGAUGAUGAGCUUCGGGUGACGUCAUGAGCCAAACAAGUUUCCCAAACUUCCGCAAUUUCCGGCUUGUUUGCAAAACGGAACUCCCAACACGUUGUAUAACUUCAACCAUGUAAGUAAGAGCCGAACAAAAAUUUUCCAACAUGGCCAAGAUACUGGUGGAGGGUCUCUUGUUCCUGACUGCUACAAACCAUACAUUUUCACUCAGUGCUCUUCCUUUUUGUCCAGGAAAAGUCCUUUAAAUGGACGCAUACGACACAAACCGAUCGUGGAUCUUUUAGUUGCAGGCAUCGCUCUGCCUAGUUUUCUGAAAAAGGCUCUCCAGUGGUAAAUAUUCGAUCGCUUUCUGGAUAAAAAACCAUAAUUUAGAUGAUCAAACUAUAAGUUGAGACCAUACAGAUGACGUCCUUCGUAUUUUUGCCAUUCUAGCAUUGUUUAUCGUAAGCACCUAUAUUUGUUAUGGAGUUCUUCUCCACUCUUCCCGGCUGUCUUGCGACUCCGAUUUCCUCGUAAAAUUUUAUAGAGGAAACACGUCGCUCAUUGCUCUAAUUCCUGUCUUGGCUAGAGGCCCAAGCCCUAUUGAGUAUGAAAGCUUGUUCAUAUUUUGCUUCUUUCCGACGUUAUUUUCUCUUCAUCAUAUUUUCGAAGUGAAUAUAUUGCAGAUAUUUCCAAUUGAAUUUUCGAAUACCUACUUCUUUAUGAGCGCUGUGAAAUCUCCCGUUAUUUUAUCAACUUUAUAAUUAAUCCUACCUCUGAAACUCCGGAAUAUAACAGAAAAUCCGAAAUUCGUAUUAUUUUUGUUAAACUAUUUUUGGAAUUUGGAUGAGAUUUCUCUAUCGUAAUUGAUAAGGCAAUGUCUAAUAUUUGGAAUGCAUUUUGUAAUCAGGAAUUACAGCGUUUGGCUCAUCUAUGAUAACACCGAUGUGCAUAGAGGAACCAAUGGUUCAUAAAUAGUUGUUUCUAAACUGAGCCCGGAAUUUUAGCUCCGAAUUGCAAAAUUUAGUCCCAAUGUGCUGCCGCGCAAAGGAAGAAUGGCGUUUGAGCCUCUAGAAGUUGCCUUAUCUCUUUUGAUGAAAUAUGAAUUUUUAAGAAAAUUUGUGAAUAUUUUUUAUCAAAUUUUGUCCUUCGCACACAGGUGUUUCUACUGAUGAGCCAAAAUGUGUAGUUCUGAAACUGGAAAUUUAGUCCAUUUAAGAUAGUUCCGUAAUGCAGAGUGCGAAAAAUGCCUCAAAGAUCCUGAAAUAUAGUUCAACAUAAUGCAUGAUGGUGGCUCAUUUAAGCGGACUAGUUAUUAAAAAAGAGGAAAAUAUGAGUGUUACAUGUUUUCAAAAGAAUCGUCUAUUAUUGAUCAAAACAUAAUAAUUAUUGUUCUGUUCGUUUUGAUUAUUUAUCACAAUUCUGGGCUAUCAUUUUUAGUCGCUCCACAUCAUCUCUGUUCCUAAUGUUAACCUCAUUUAGUUUAGAUUGUAGCUUAGGGAGCAACUUUCUACGUUCAAUAUUAAGCGAGAUAUUGCCCUUCGAAAAUCCGGGUUUUUGACGUCGUCCACCGCGGUAGUGACACCCUUGGUUUCCCCCGUUUUGCUUUCAUCAGUCAGGGAGACACAAAUUUGCACUGGUCAUACUCAACAUGAAACUUGGAUGAAAGCAUGUAGAAGAAACCAAGGGUGCCACUACGGAGGUGGAUGACGCCAGAAACCUGUCUUUCCAAUCGGCGAUAUCUCGGUUAAUCUUAAACGUAGAAAGUUGCUGUUUGGGCAGAUAUUAUUAUUUUCAGCUAUCCGCAAAAAUCAAGCGUGAAAACACGAUUUUGUGACCAGCGCGACUGACUCAUUUGAGAGAACUCCCUUAGAAAUCACCAGAAGCUUCCAAUCCUAUUUACUGCCCAGCCAAAGGGGGUGAAUUGGAUCGCAUGUAGUGAAAAGGAACCCGCGCGAUUACAGUGUUUAAGAAAUGUUGCUGCUUCAUAUUUAUCUAAGAAAUCUCCCAGAAAAUCAAAUAGUGUUGGCUUCUCAUCAAAAUAUUGCUUAUUUUAAAGGAAAUUAAUUGCGUAAGUUUUAAUACUGAAUAUGUAUUAAGUGUUUUUGAAAGAAAAAGAAAAGUUGCUCGGCUUCGAAAACACCUUAAUCGCGCUGGUUCCUUUUUGUGGCUAAAUGCGAUCCAAUUCUUGAAAGGGCCUAAAUCUUAUAGAUAAAGUGAGGGUCAGUUUCGUCAGAAAUUGUCAAAAUUUUCUGGAUCUUUUUUCUGAAAAUUUUUAGACUCCGUCUUUUGAAAAAAUGACGCAAUUUUCUGGGUCGUUUAAGACGUAGCUUUGUAACUGAUAUUUUGUUUCUAAUACGAAAAGAAUGAUAUGAAUACCUAUGCCCAUUAUUCGCUAGAUCUCUGGUGAAAACCUAUUAUUUUCCCGUCGUUCCUGUAUUUCCACAUGUUUCUGUGUGAAUGUGUGUCAAUUAUGUGUCUCUAAUAAAGUUGUGGAUAAAAGAG